AUGCCUUUGAAGCGACGAUCUGCGAAAAAGACCGAAAUGGCGGUCCACUCAAAUCACAAAGCGGCAGGAACCGAAGAAGACAAGGAUAGCCUGAAGCAAACCAUUCUCCUGGCUGCUGAACCCUCCAAUAAGAAGUGGAAGAACUGGUGGAUCCGAACCAUUACCACACUCAUAAUGAUUGGUUCCUUCUUUUUCAUUCUGGCGUCCGGACAUGUCUGGGUCAUCGUCAUGGUCGAAGCUAUCCAAACCCUUGUCUAUAGAGAGAUUAUUCAAAUCGCACAAGUUCCUGCCAAGGCAAGGAAUGUUAGAUGGUUUAAGACCAUGAGCUGGUACUUCCUUAUAUCAACAAACUACUUUUUAUAUGGAGAGUCUAUUAUGCACUACUUCAAGCAAAUUGUCAUGGUUGAUGCUUUCUUACUCCCGUUUGCAACCCAUCACCGAUUCAUUAGUUUCGUUCUCUAUGUUAUUGGGUUUGUGUUCUUUGUAGCCAAUUUGAAGAAGGGGCAAUACAAGUUCCAGUUUACCCAGUUUUGCUGGACCCACAUGGCGCUGUUACUCGUCGUCGUUCAAAGUCACUUCAUCGUCAACAAUAUUUUGGAAGGCAUGAUAUGGUUCGUCUUGCCAACCUCUCUCGUAAUUUGCAACGACAUCUUCGCAUACAUCUGUGGCUUCUUCUGGGGCAAGACUCAACUUAUCCAGUUGAGCCCUAAGAAGACAGUGGAAGGAUUCGUUGGUGCAUGGAUUUGUACUUUGAUUUUUGGUUUCUUGUGGACAACUCUAUUGAUGCAGUUCGACUAUAUGAUUUGCCCUGUUAAGGAUCUCGGUGUCACCGCUUGGUCUAAUGUCACUUGUGAACCCAAAAAUCCCGUCUUCACUUCCGUUCCCUGGCAACUCCCUCCUAUGUGGAUUACCAUCGCUCACGUAUUGACACGCCAAGAUAUUCAACAAGUGUGGAUCGCCCCUGUUCAACUUCAUGCUUUGGUGAUGGCAUGCUUUGCUUCUUUAAUUGCUCCUUUCGGAGGCUUCUUUGCAAGUGGUGUUAAAAGAGCAUUCAAUAUUAAGGAUUUCGGUGAUUCUAUACCUGGACAUGGCGGUAUGACGGAUCGCAUGGACUGCCAAUUCCUCAUGGGUGUCUUUUCAUCCAUCUAUUAUCAAAGCUUCAUCAAGACGUACAACAUGUCCGUUGGUACCGUUCUUGCUACCACCAUUAAUAGCUUGUCGAUUGCCGAGCAGUUGGAGCUUAUUGAACGACUUCAAACAUACCUAGUCAAUCAAGCCGUACUGGACGCGAAAGCAGUUGCUCGUUGUGGAGUGGAAACACUGUUACGAAAAGACUAA